GCAGUUGAGUACGUUCCUGUGAUGAAGGUCCCCCACAAAAAUUGAGCUCCGCGUGAGCCGCCGCCCGGUGCUUCGCGCUCUCCGCUUUAAUUAGUAUUACUUUUUAAAAAAGCAACGGACACGAUUUCACGUAGGUGCAAACAAUUCUGUAAUCAAUUCAGAAUCCCGCGGUGACAGUGCGAUCAAGUGCGCCAAGGUUUCUCGCUCUUCGAUCUUUUGCUCGAGCUCGAGGGUCGUCGCGCGACGAGGCGCGCCGCCUCGGCGAAAAGAAAGAAAAGAGCGCGCUUCGGACUUUUCGUUUUCUCUCCUCUUAUCGACUUCUCGCCAGUUGUCAACUGACAAAAAGAUCAUCUCCGAGGAUUUGCCAGCAACCUUGAACAACGUCCUCUACUUCUUCACAACCAAAGGAUCAAUUCAAAAGUUGAAGAAGAAAAAACGAAUUGAAAGAGUCAUUAGGUGCGCAGGAACGUGCCUAGAAUAAUUAUUUGAAAAGAAAAAAAAAGCGAACAAAAAAACGUGGCGCCUCUUGGUGAAAAAAAAGCCGGGUCGGCUAUGCAGCAGCCCCGGGUCGGGGUUUCCAUCCUCCACGAGGAGCAAAUCUUAGAAGCGAUAGAUCAGCUGCGAAGGCGGAAAGCGCGUCCGGACGCCGAUCGAAUUUGCAACUAUCUCCUCCGAAAAUUCUCCGUGGAUGCGCGUGAUACAAUCGCCGAUCUCCACCGCUUAAUCGAAGCCGAGAAGGUUAUCCAGGUCGACUACAAGGGCAACACCAGUUACAGAAAUGCCUCGAAAUGGUCCCGCCUCCAGCUCUACAAAAACAGACCUGAGGGUUUCGUCAAGGAAAAAUUGAACUCGGCGAUGGUCGCUGGCGCCGUCGCCGAGUUGGUCGUUGAAGAACCCGAUUAUCUUGAUCAGGGCGUUCCCGCAAUCAGACUAGUGGAACAACUGUUGGACGGCGUUUCAAACCCGACUUCUCGUCGAAUGAUUGAGGAUUUUUUGAACAAGGAAAUCGCGAGUGGAAACUUGACGCGACUCGCAAACGGAAAUUACUCGCUGGUGGCGACGUCCGAUUUGAGUUUGUCGGAACCGAUUCGAGAGAAAACAGUUUUAGAAAACGGGAGUGCGAGAAGCAGCCAAGAAGCGAGGAUAAGUGGCACAAGUGCGUCUUUAACGAGUCUUUACGAGUUUGACGAUGGCGACGAUGUAACUAUGCCGGAUUCGUUGUCGAAUACGCCUAGAUCCUCGAGACAGGCGAGUCCGAAGUCGGAGCAACAAAUGUACAGAAAGGAGGAUUGCUACGAAAUUAUUAUUGGAUUGAAUAGGAAAGACAGUGAGGAACAGGAAAAAAGAAUUGCGUCGCAUUCUCCGACGAGUGAUGGGAAGCUGGAACAGAAAUGUGACAGGCAGAACCCUAACCUUAAAAAGUCAGGGAAAGCAGAACGAAAGCAGAGAUUGUUUGCAAGAAUGGAUGAUACUGCGGACAUUGAGAUAAAGUUUGAGGAUUAUAGGAGUGAAAGGAAGGUGGACAAGAGAGAGAAGGAGAAGAGGGAGGAGAAUGGAUGUUUUAGCGAGGAUCGCGAUGAGGAGGAUGCCAGGAGUUCGACCAACACUUCGCCGACACCGUCCAGUAACAAUGCUUGGGGAUUUCGCAGUGCUCGGAGAAAACGAGCGAAAAAAGUAUUUGAUCCAUCGGACAAUAAUUUAGUUAAGAGAAAACGGGGAAGACAGCCGGGAUCACAAACUAAGACUAUUUCUGUACCUCAAGAUCCUCUGGAAUCCCUUAAGCCUAUCGCAAAAGAUGGACCUAACAGACAGUGUAGUCUGUGUUCUAGAGAAAAACAAGAAUCACUUAUCGCGUGUCGAGAUUGUACAGUGAGAGCGCAUCCGAGUUGCAUCUACACUUCGGAAGAGUUACUUCAAAAAUCCUGUACCAGUUGGCAAUGCGAGCGAUGCAAAAGUUGUGUCUCUUGCUGCGAAACAUCAGACGCAGGACCCUUAAUAACUUGCUACAAUUGUGACGACGCCUACCAUUCUUUUUGCCACUCUCCACGAGUCUCGAGUUCCAAGUCCAGCUCGAAAUGGCAGUGUAACGACUGUAAUCAGAAAAGCUUCAAGCCCAUCCUAACUCAAAGUAUUAAAUUAAUUAAUAUUCGUUCAGAGUCCCCAAAUAACCCACUAGUUCUACCACCAGUUUUAAGCCCGCAAGUUUCGCCGACGAGAGUGUCCCCUGACCGGAUGACACAGGAUGACGAAUCCUGUGUCGAGGGAAUGGAUCCAAAUAUCCCGGACGCUUCCGAUUGGACUUCCGAGCAGGUCUAUCAGUAUUUUGCCAGGUUAUUUCCCAAGGAAGCGGAAAUUUUCAGGCAUCAGGACAUAGACGGGCCAUCACUUCUAAUGAUGAAGAGAUCCGACGUCCUCAAUGGUCUGGAUUUGCUCUUAGGUCCAGCCUUAAAAAUAUACAGACACGUCCUGAAACUCCAAGUUCGAAGAGACGAUCCCAAGCUAUAUUGGCUUUAAAAAAAGACCUACAUUUUCUUUACAAGUACGUUAAUUCUUUCGUCCACAAGAUAUUUUGUAAACGCAUUUUUGUGUUCAAAAACCCUUAAUUUUUAGUUUCAAGCUUUAAAGAGUUACAUUUUAUUUCUACGCCACGUGUACAAAGUGUUACUAAUUUUUCAAAUUCACUUAGAAGAUAGUAACUUAUUUCCUAGAUUAAAAAUAUUAAAGUAAGUUUUCUACGAUAAAAGUUACCUCCUAGGACUCACACUUGCGUGUACAGAUUAAAAAAUGUUAUACCAUCCAGAUAUUACUAUAAUGACUUCGCCAAUAGUAUAAUAAAUAAUAUUUAUAUGACCAGAG